AUGCGCAUACUAAAACUACUGCUACUAUUGAAGAUGGUAAAAGCCAGUGGAAGUGAAUUUAACGAGUCCUCAGCAACAGAAGGAGUUUCGGUAGAGUUCAAAGACUCUUCUAUGAGCUCAUCUGCAGGAGCGCCAAUCAGUAUAUCCAGCAGCCAAGAAGUAGGAAACCCAUCACAUGCAUUGCAACCUGAAACGGUGCCGGAGUCAAAAAGUGGGCGGAUUACCAGAUCUUUAAUUUUUCCGUACUCAAAGGCCGAUAUACGGAGAAGAAAGAUUAAUAGACUAAAGAAAAAUGCUAUAAAAAGAGCAAAAAAGCUAAGUAAUAAAGUCACUAGAGGAAAGGUAGGCAAUGGAAGCUUGGGUGUAAAUGAGCCAAGUGGUGAAGCUGUUACUAGGAAACUAAAAAAACGUGAUAUAGUUUCAGAGGAAAAUGAGCCAAGUGGUGAAGCUGAUAUGGAUGAUGAACUAGAAGGUAGUGAAAAUCCAGCUGAAGAUGAGGAUAAAAAUGAUUUAAAUCUUUCUGCUGAGAAAAGAGAGGAAAGUGUUGAGCCCAGACAAAAUGAUCCUAGUCCUUCUAUAGAAGAAAGAAGCAAUGGUAAUUCUUCUGCAGUUGAACAAGAAAAUAAACUUAAUUCUAAGACUCCCAAGGAAGAUGCUGAAAAAGAAGAAAAAACAGAGGAUAUUCUGCCCUCUAAGCCAAAUGAUUCUUUAGAAGAAGAACAGCCUGCUCUUUCUAGCGCAAUUAAUUCAGAGUUUAUAUUUGGCAACAGUUCGAACAUAUUCACACAGGGAGGAAGCUCAUCUAGCGGAAAAGUGCACCAGUCAUCGUGCAACAUCACAAGAAAAACAAAACUUCUGAAAAAGUUUAAGCAUGUGGACAGGAAUGAAAGAGCGUACUUCUACCUAGACAAAAAUGACGAAAUCGAGGCUGUAAGCAUCAAUGAAAUGCUUGAAGCCCUGGGGUAUUGCGGCACUCCGGAAAAAUCAGACAGCGAAGGAUCGAUUAAAAGCACAUUGGAAGGCCUGAUUAAUGUAACAGAAGAGCUGGAUGACCUAGCUGAUCUUUUAUGCGAUAGGAGCAUCUUCAUAUGUCUUCCCAAGACAAAAAAGGUGUUCAGAGCUAUUCUUAAGAAAACCCUUACAACAAGCGAAAUAGUCCUUAAGUUUGUGAACAAGAUAGGAAGAUCUUUGCAGGAUACAAAAUCCAAAAGAACAGAAAGGCACCGUAAGUGA